AUGGAUCAGCCCAUUAUGAACUACACACUCUCGUCCUCCUUCAACUAUACGCCGGAUGUCGUCGACUUUGAGGCCAUGAAUAUCACCGACAUGUUCCCUGAACAAUCGUCCUUCUCCUUCGACAUGAGUAACAGCUACUCGGACUCUAUAUCUGGAAUUCCUCUCGCACAGCAGGCUCUCUGGGACGACGGACAAUUGACUUUGCCCAACUCUAGUCGAGUCUUCAACUCUUCUUCCCUCAGCAGCAGCGUCAACAGCAGUGUCAACUACGGUCACCCGCAGCAACAACAACAGUCCCUCCAUCUUCGUGUACCUAUGCCUUCUUUACACCAAGGGCGUCACCACCUUCAACCCCAUCCACUAUCCCAGCAGUAUCAAGGAUCACCACUGAGGGGCGAUGAUGGAUAUCUAGGUGGCAGUCAAGACGACGAAGACGAUGGUGGGCAUGAUUUCCAUGGCGACGAGAGUAGUGGCCAUCUUGCAUGGAUGGACGACACCAAGGACCAAGGGACCAUGCUCCACUAUAAUGAUCAGGAGCGUCGCGACGAACAACAUUUGCAGUUUCUUCAAGAUAUUGGAGCUGGAAGUGCUAGUCGUGGCGAUAGUAUCUCCCUCUUUGACGAACUCAAUGAUGCAUCAGAACUGAGCUGCGAUCUCUUCAAGGAGCAGAUUGGCAUGGACGAGACCAGGGACCAUUCUCGGCUACCCUUCGAACACCACACCCUCAACACCCACUCGCACUUCAACAAUGCCGGGGGACAUUUGGAAAACGAGAUCUUUGACCGCGAAUUCAUGGCUUCGCUCAACGCUCUUCCUUCAGCUUCUUCAUUCUCACCUAUGGAUUCAUCAUCAGCCUUCAACAACAAUACCCAGAGCAACAUCAUCAGGAGGAAUCCUAACAAUAUUUUGGAUGGGCUUCACAGCAUCCCGGCCCCAGAACUGAACCACGACGAGAGUAUCCAUCUAGGACAGCGAAAGCACGAGAGUCGAUAUGAUGGGUCGGAGCGGAGUGGGACUGGGGAGACGUAUCAGCGGGCGCUCAAGAGUUUCUUUGAUUCGCUCAAGGUCGCUGAUCCGAUCAAGACCCCACACAAGUUUGCACCGCAGCCUCUUCCUAUCCUUUGGAACGAGCCCAAGAUCCGGUCCAAGAAUUUGCCGAGUUUUAAUCUGGCGGAUUAUAAGGAUCUUGCCAAGGCGACCAUGCCCCCAGGCACACCCACCUCUCUUCCUCCCUUAAAACCGAUCACUACCGCGAAUGGAACCAAUGGUACAGCUUUCAAGUCGGCAGCUUCAGGAUUGUCAAACCGCCUCAAUGGAAACACCAACCGCGACUCGUUCUCAUCAUCACCCACCAACACUCACUCGAUCCCCAACUCUGCCCAUUCCUCUCCACUCUCCUCCAUCUCAACGUCUCCUCCAACAGCAGGUAUCCGAUCCAAGAUGCCCCUCGCUGAUCCCAGAACCCCAACCACCGCAACCUACACUUCCAAAUUGACCUACCCACCAUUUCAACCUCAGGACAAGGAACCAGGCUCCCCGCAACAACAACAGCUUUCGCCCACCAUGAGCGAACAGCGUGUGCGUUCGAAGCGGCGACCGACUAUUCUGAAUCCCCACUUGGCGUUUGAUCCGACCAUCUCACCAGCCGAGCGUGCUGCGACGGAGGAAGUGAAGACGCCAUCAACUCCUCGUGGGACUCUGGAGAGGCGCUCGACCUUGCAGCAGGCUGUCCGACCAAUGGGUACGGGGCCUGAGGAUCCCAAGUCGGAUGAGGAUACUGGAGCCAAUGAACAGCAGCAGCAGGGGACGAUUGGCAAGGCUGGGUCGACGAUGAUGGGUGGUCUCCGUGGACCUGUUGCUCGGAAACGCCGAUCCUUGCACCAAGAUAUGUUCGUGAACGAGAACGGACAAGGAACUGACUUCAACCUGGCCGAUCAAGGACAACAACAACCGCAUCACCACCCCAUGGAAAACUUCGCGGACCAAGGCGAAGACCAGCAGCAGCAGCAGCAGGAGGAUGAAGAGUUGGCUCGUCGUGGUUCACGCCCCCAAUCAAUGAACAUUCUCCCCGAAUCCCUGACCUCCGUCAACAACCACGCCUUCCACCACGAAGAAACUGCAAAAGUCGAGCGUGUCGAGCGAACCCGUCGGUUAUCAGAGGAAGAGCGACAUGCAGAGAACUUCCCAAACGAUGUCGCCCCACCAGCACCAACAUCUCCCUCAGCAGCAGCGUUGGCGACUGGUUCGCCAGUGUCUUCUGCCAAUAAUAGGAUCCCGGCCGCGCUUUCGUUAGGACGUGCUGCUGGUGCGCGGUUUGGACGCUCUGGAAGUGGGGGCGCGGGAUCUCUUGCUCAGAUUAGCCCUACAACUCCGACCGCCACUAACCCUUAUGGGUCUUUGAGUGGGCGGACAGCUGCAGGAGCUGCAGCGGCGAUGGCAGCAGGAGGAGCAGGAAGCCGCUUGGCCAACACGCCUCACCGAUUGAGUCUUACAGGAACGACCGCUGCUUUUGCAAGGCAACAGUUGGACGAUGCGGCGGCGGCUUCUCCCUCGACCCCUACUCAGGCCCAGUACAUGCCUAAGCUGUCUCAGCCGGCAACAACAACCCUUUCGAGGAGUGGAACGCGUUCUUCGCCUCCUACCACUGCAGGAUUGCGUCGACCCGGGUUCGCAACUCAGCAGGAUGAUUACAAUGGUGGUGGAAGCGGCGGAAGUGCUCUUUCGUCACCCACCGAGCAGUACGAUGAUUAUUACCGCGCUGAGAAGGAGUUCCAGAUGCAACAGCAGCAGCCGCCCGCGCGUUCCAGCUACCUUCGCCAGCAGCAGCAGCAGAAGCAGCAGCAGCAGGAUAUGGAACAACCUGAAUGGUUCGACAACAACGAGGAGGAUCAUCAACAACCUCGACGCAUCCCCUCCACGCCCAUGAAAUCCUCACGCACAUUACCUCCAGCACCGCUGUCACCCUUGGAUCAACAACAGCAACAGCAGCGCGAUCAGCGAGAGCAACGUGACCAGAAACAUCUCCAGCGUCUGAGGGUCCAGCAACAGGCACUGGAAGAGGUCUAUGGUCAUGGAAGCGGGUAUGGUAGCAAUUACCCCGACAACCAGGGUGGAUUCAUCGACGACCACCAUCGUCUCCCUCCUCAGCAAGGACAGUCCAGGCACCAGGCUCAACUGUCGCCUCGGCAUCAUCGCGAUCAGCGCGAUGACUAUUUCCGCUCCUCGAUGCUGGCUUCACCACCAUCCUCGCCUCGGGACUACCUCUCUGCAACGGCCACCACGCCCAAGGCAAGUUCUAUCCAGCAUCACCAACAGAGUCGGUACUCUCCUCCCAUGCUGUCGUCCGCCCUGCCGUCCUUGACCUCAACACUCCCUCCCCGCACCUCAGAGCAUUACCGCCGCCAGAGCAAAGACGGAUACAGCCUCAUGUCUGCCCCCCGGAUUUCACCCCCUCUCACUGGACUCCCAACUAUGUCUGCUCGCACUCCUAGCAGCUCCCAGUUGGCGAACCCUAGACGAUCCUUGUCGCAGGGUCUGAGUGGUGCCAGCACCCUCCCCUCACGUCGUCUCUCGAACACCCCCAACGUCGGCAAUGAUGGUUUUGGCAGCAAUGUUGGCGGUAUCGGCAUGGGUCUUCAUGGUCGAUCAGGAUCUUCAGGAUCAUUACAACGUUCCAACACUUAUGCUUCACAACCAUCACCAUCAGCGGGAGGACGUGGUGCUACCGGUGGAGUUCCCUCACUGUACUCUGACGGGAACUUGCCAUCUGUGGCUGGUGGCAGAAGACCCAUGUCUUCUAUGAUGAACAACGGCGCAGGAGGCAGUGGACUCCCUCAUUCCUCUCGUCGCUCAGUAUCAGAUUCCUUGGGCGGCAACGUCCGCGCAUCAUCCAACUCUGAAUAUGCCCGCGUCUUCAACCCCAACCCCCCACCUCCUCUCCGAUCCUCCAUUCCCUCGGCUGGAGGAAACCACUACCAAUACCAACAACAGCAAGACUCUUACACCUACCGUCCAGAAGUCCCACUCCGCCAAUCGUCCCUCAGUGCCGGCGGUAUGGCGUCCGGUAUCGGUGGUGGUGGUGGAGGAGGCCACGUGAGCAGCAGGAGCAGUAUCGCCUCCCUCCGAAGCGGAAGCACAAGCUCCCUACACGGACUCUCUGCCGGUGGCUCUGGUUCUAUCCCCUCUUCGGCAUCACAGUUGCGAAGAGCCGCGUCCAUGAACGUGUCCGCUGCCGGUGGCGCUGGUGGACACCACGGCCUUGGGAUUGGUAUGGGUGGAGGAGGAGGGACGACGUCCCUGGGAAGGGCGGGUGGGAUGAUGUCCGCGGCUGCUGCUGCUUCUCGGCAGUCGUAUCAGCCUCAAGGGAUGCAGUCUCAGCAGAUGCAGAUGCCUCAGCAGCGGUACCAGCGGACGUCCAUGUAUUCCCAUCGGUCGUGA